GAAAGAAGGAGAGGAAACACUAAAGUGGAGGGUGUGUUGAAAAGGAUCAAAGGUUUGCUUGUCAAAUGUCCACAAAAGGUUGGAUAAGACAGACGCGUGGAUUGGACGGAACGGGGUGCAACAAAAGAAAUCACACAAAAAAACAAAAAAACAAGUCUGGUCUGACUCACUGCUCAGACGCUGUACUUUUCAUUGGCUUCUGUUCACAAAGUUCUGACUGGGAGUCUGUGAACUAUGGAGGAGAGGAAGAAGAAAGAGAAUGAAGAUGAGAAGCAGAAAAGGAAGCUGGAGGAGGAAAGAGAAGACAUGGUUUCGGUGGAGAGACGCGAACCACAGAUGGAGCUGCAGGCGUCCAACACUGAGGAUGACGAGGAAGAAGGAAGCACUGCUCUUAUCACAGCCUGCCGUAAGGGCUUUACUGAGGUGGCGCAGCAGCUACUGAGGACUGGGGCUGAUCUAACACUGUGCAACCACAGACAGCAGACAGCGCUGCACGUCAGCUCACCUGAGCUCCAGGGGAAACUGGUGAGGUGGAUGUCAAGGCCUCAUCUUCCCCUUCAGGCACAGCUGCUGCAGGCUGCCUGGCAGGGAGACCUGCACUCUGUUCAGCACCUGUUGACUCACACCGACAGUGUGGAUGUGAAUAUUCCAAACGGCGACGGUGUGACAGCUGUGAUGCUCGCCGUCAGGGACAUUGACCUUUUUGAGGGCAUAGCCACACAGUUGCCAUGGGAGCACAGACCUGUGGAAGUGAUGAAGGAACUGCUGGGACUUUCAGCUGAUCUUCAGCCACGAGACCACAACGGCUGCUCUGCUCUCCACUACGCUGCUCACAUCAACAGCUGUCUGACGGAGGAGAUCAUUCAUAUUCUGGUGGAGGCUCUAAAUCACACAGAUGCUGUCCCUGUGUCACCCUUGGUCCAUGACAAACACCCAUGCCAAGAUCUGGACUCAGAGUUUGGAGAUUCAGACAUAGAGGUGGACAUUGAGAGCCUUUAUCCUAAUCAGUCGACAGCAGCCUCUCCCACGCUGACACCGACCCAACAACACCACUUUGUUCUGUACAGCCACACUGGGGAAGUGCUGGAGCCUCCAGGGUGUCCUCCUCUAUCUGACCAUCACAAAGAUCUCAGCCAAGAUAAGGGGAUCCCCCACUGUUUCCAAAAUGCCAUGGAAACACUGAGAGACAUCGGGCAAGCCUAUCAGGACACAGGGAGGGGGAACAGCAGAGGUAUGUCUCUGCCCAGUCUGAGCAACAGCAGCAGACUCUGGGGUCAUGGAGAUGCUGCUCCGACACCUGGCUUGUUGAGCACCAGGACCUCCUGCCAGCCGGUACCUCCCACACACAGACGUAGAACCAGAAGUAUGGUUGCUGCCUCUCCACCCUCUCACAGUCUGCUGUCUGUGGAGCCCAGCCAGCUCAGCCAAUCAGCCCCCAGCAUCAUGGAACCACUACUGUGUCCAAACACUAUGAUGCAGGCCAGAGCACACAUCCAGAGCCGACUUGCUUCUCAAAAUACUGUAAAUGAACAAAAGCCUUUCUUACCAGUUCUGCGAACUCCCAAGCUCCUGGCACCCCUGGAUGGUCGACCCAGAGCCACCACAGUACUAAAGCAACGUGUUCCCCUGAAGCCCAUCAGUCAGAGCCCCCUCUGCUCCAGGACCCGGCUGAGGAGAGAGAGGCUGUCCUGGAGCAGCGGUCCUCCAACCACUAAGGCUGGCAGCGAAGAAAGUGGGUCCAGCAGCAGCAGCCAGAGUUCUAUUGACCUGGAGGAUGAGGAUGAUGACAGAGAUAUACAUGAGAGACAUUAUGACGACAGAAAUCUGAAGUUGUUUGGAAACAGGUUGUUGCACCAUUCGAAGGAUGUAAACUCCUCUGAAGCUGAUGUGGUUGGGGAGACAGGGCUGCAUUUCAAAGCUGAGCCAAGGAUGAGUCAUGUUCCACUGAGCCACAGGUCAGCACAUAACCUGGAGGGAGACCUCAUCAAUCAUACAAGUGGUCCUCUCAGCACUGAAAAAGCUAUGAGCUCUCACUGUGAAGGCAAAAUAACCAAUAUGAAUAUUACAAAAGAGUCUGUUGACAUUGAGGCCUCAAAAAUGCAUAACUGUGCCCAAAAAGGGGACCUCGGGACUCUUGCUAAAGACUCUGUGAAUAAUGAAGUACCUAUCACGACAGAGAACAGUGUGGACUACACAGCAGAGUCUGAGACUGAGAUGAGCCACGGAAUUAUAUUAACUGUGAAUGAUGACCAAGAUGAUGCCACUGUGAGCUCUGAGCAGCAUGUAAAACAGAACAAGAGGGAUUUUUGUCAUGAAAAAACGCAGGUAGACAAACCUAUUGAUUGUAGUGCAGUGGAUGCAAAGUUAAAAACCAGAACUGCUGUGGGGAAAACUCAGCUGUUUCCUGCAGCUGUAACUCUAAAUCUGUCCGAUGUGGAUCCCAAAAGAGACGAGAAAAUGUUUAAAGCCUCAAAGCCUGCCCGAAACAAGGAGAAGCGAAGCAGCAUGAACUGUGACCUGAGAGCAAAUAAUCAAACUAACCAGUCCUUUAACAUACAAGCACAUAAAGAUCGAAGCAGCCCCUGCUGGAACAAGUCCAAAAGCAACAUGAGGUAUGCCUCAGUUUCCACUCAGGUGAAAGAUAAAACCAGGAAAAGCCCUGAGCUAGCUGUGAGCAGAGAGGCCACUGUAACUAAAGUCAAAUCAAAGAUGAAAUCUGUUAAAGGCGCUCACUGUAACACCAGCACACCAUCACCACGAAAGAAGCUUAUUGAUCAUCCAGAGUGCAAAAGAACAAAUCCUGAAAAGCUAAGCAGCAACAUAGCUCAACAGCACACACCAAUGAGGGAGCUGAAAAGUGCCCAGAAGCUGAAGAAAUCCUGUGUAGGCGGGAAAACACCAAGAUCUAAAUCUGCUGCGGACUUAAUCACCUACAAAGACAUGUUUCAGCAGAUACAGAGUGGGAAUGAAGGACCAGCCAUCUAUGAGAUGUUUGCUGGUCCGAUCUAUGAAAACCUCCGAGUUUCCAGUUCCUGUGAGAAAGUGGAGAGACCAGUGCAGUGUUCUCCAUCUAGAAAGACAAACCAGAACCAUAAAGUCAAACACAGGCCACUGAAACCAGGACAGAGUAAGCUAAGGAGAAGCCCAGGGGAGGCCAUGGUGGUUUCAGCUAAAAGCAAAGCAAAAUCUGUGUCAUCCAGAAUGAAACCUCACCUCACACCUGUGUCAAACAAGGACACCUUCAAAACAGAGAAUAUUCCUAAACUAGAGGCUGAAUUAGUUCUUACAAAGGAUGUGGACAUCUGUCAUACCAGUGCUGAAGACAAGGAUGAAGGUCACAUGUUGUCUACCAUAGAGGAGGCUCUGUCUAGAUAUGAAUCUGAAACAUUAACAUCUGAUGGCAAAACUCUGACUACACCAACGGCUUCUCCCCGCGCUAAAGAUUAUAGCAACAUGCACGUGAAUAAACAAGAAACAACUGUAAAUUCGUCAACAGGAAACCAACCAGUUCCUGAGCCCGUCUUAUCUCAGAGCCCUCAACACCCAAAGAUCAACACAUGGACGUCUUCUAGCAGCAGCAGCCACACCUUUAUGUCACCAGUUUACCAGAAGUUUCUGGAAGAGGCGGGGGACGGGCCGCUCACGGAUGAACUGCUGCAGUGUCUGGCAGAGGAGCUGAUUUCAUUGGAUGAGAGGGAUGUAUCUGUAGGCCCACUUCCUGAUCACCUGGAACACAGUGGAAAGGAGUCCAACAAAGAAGACAGUCCUGAAUCUGGAUUAAAUGCAUUUCCUGAGGUUGUUCCAGUGGACAGCUGUGCUCUACUUGGUUCUGGGUUGGUUGUAGAUGGCACCAUCACAUGGACAAAGGGUGAAGUACUCGGCAGGGGCGCCUAUGGAACAGUGUACUGUGGCCUGACCAGUCAGGGCAAGCUGAUCGCCGUGAAGCAGGUGAGCCUGGAUUCCUCUGACCCUGAUGCUGCAAAGAAGGAGUACAAUCGUCUGCAGGGGGAGGUGGAGCUGCUUAAAACUCUUAGUCACAUCAACAUUGUAGGCUUCCUGGGGACCUCACUUUAUAAGCAUGUGGUUUCGAUCUUCAUGGAGUACAUCCCAGGAGGAUCCAUUGCCAGCAUCCUUCACAGAUUUGGUCCGCUGCCAGAGCGAGUUCUGGCUCUAUACACCCAUCAGAUCCUGGAGGGGGUGGCCUACCUUCACCUGAACAGGGUGAUUCAUCGGGACUUGAAAGGAAACAAUGUCAUGCUGAUGCCAACUGGUGUCAUCAAGCUCAUAGACUUCGGCUGUGCACGACGUCUAAGCUGCUUAAACUACACGGCUUCUAACAGUGGAGACCUGCUCAAGUCUGUCCAUGGCACACCGUACUGGAUGGCACCAGAGGUUAUCAAUGAGACAGGAUAUGGCAGGAAGUCGGACAUAUGGAGUGUGGGUUGCACAGUGUUUGAAAUGGCAACAGGGAAACCACCGCUGGCACACAUGGACAAGAUGGCUGCGCUGUUCUACAUCGGGGCUCAGAGAGGGUUGAUGCCCUCCUUACCGGACGGGUUCUCAGAUAAUGCCAAGGAUUUCGUAAAUAUCUGCUUGACAAGUGACCAGGGGCUACGUCCAUCAGCUGACCAGCUGCUAAAGCAUUCGUUCAUCCCAAAAAAUGAGACUGAUGUGAGCUCUUGGGAAACGCAAAAGAAGAAGCGCUGUGGUCACCCACAGGGACGGUGUGGUUAAGCCAGGAGUAAAUACGUUUAAGAGGACAUUUGAUGAUUUUAUUUAUGCUGGUGACUCAAAACACCCAGUAAGUUUUUGCUACAAAAAAAGGUUUAACACCUAUCAACAGUAAUGCAGUAAUAGUGUUAGGACAGAAGUUUCAAAAAGAAAGCACUUUUAUACAUUUCACUUGGUACAAUAAUAGAACCUAUAAAAUGUGAAUGAAUAGAUGCCAGAUUUUUGUUACAUAUUUGGAUAUUUUCUAUAGUAAUCUUAUGAAUGUGCCAAUUUUAUACCUUCAUUUUAAAUCCUUGAAGUGCAACUACAGGCUUCUUGUGCUGCGUGGUCAAUUUAGGUUUGAAAAAAAUCUAUACUGCAGUUUAACAAUGAAUCAUGCAAAGUGAACUAUUUGUUAGCUUUUAAUUUGAAUCAGUGUGGAAUCUGUUUAAAAUCUGUGCUCAAACAACACAGCAUGGGCAACUUUUAAUUAAAUGCUAUUGCAUAGGCA